AUGGCAACAUCUACGGUAUCUCAACCAACAUCAACAUUACGCAUCGCCGAAGAUAUAACACGUUUUAGAAAUGUCCAUAAUUCACCAGAUGAUUUAGAAUCAAUGACUGGUACCAUUAGCAAUUUACAGCAGCAAGCACAAGAAGUAAUGAAAACGAAACCAACAUGGCAGACAUAUUAUCAAGGUCAAAUGAUUGGCAAAGAAGAUUUUGAGUUCAUUUCACAAUAUGAUCAAUUAAAUAGUGAACAACGAGCAAAAUUACUACAAGAACCAAACAUGAGAUAUCAAUGUGCAAAAACAUUUUUAACUUUAAUGUCAAAAUUAUUCAAACAACAAACAUUACGAUACAUAUUGACUCUCAUGGAUGAAUGUUUAAGAGAAGACAAAAGUCGUGUGGAAAUAUUUAAUUCAUAUGCAAAAAUGGAAAAAGAACAAUUAUGGCCAUAUUUUUUUAAUAUGUUGACAAAUCGUGAUCAAUUCACAAGUCGCAUCAUUGCCAAAUUAGCGUGCUGGAGUCAGGACCGUAUGCCUACGUCUGAUCUUGGAUAUUAUUUGGCAUGGUUAAAAGAACAACUAAAACCGCAGGGCAAUGAUUAUCUUCCAAGUAUUUGUCGUAGUUUACAAAUGAUGUUACGUAUCGAACAAUAUCGAGAAUCAUUUGUUUCAAUUGAUGGAAUAACAAAUAUUAUGCAAGUAUUAAAUAACGCAAGUGUUGGAUUUCAAGUACAAUAUCAAUUAAUAUUUUGUUUAUGGGUACUUACUUUCGCUCCAAAUAUUGCUUCAGUUAUGGCAAAAUACAAUGUGAUACCACGUUUAACAGAAAUUUUGACCGAAACAGAAAAAGAAAAAGUAACGCGAAUGAUUGUUGCAUUUCUUCGUAAUUUACUUGAAAAGCCCGAAGAUGAAAAAGUAAUACGUGAAAAUGCUAUGACAAUGAUAGGCAGUCGUCUAGUUAAACCAUUAGAAUUACUUAGUAAUAAACCAUUUGAUGAUGCUGAAAUUAAAGAAGAUAUUGAGUUUAUUAAAGAAAAGAUAGAAGGAAAUUUGUCUGAUGUUAGUUCUUUUGAUGAAUAUGCUAUUGAAGUUCGUUCUGGUCGACUUUCUUGGUCGCCCGUUCAUAAAUCCGAAAAGUUUUGGAGAGAAAAUGUGGCAAGAUUGAAUGAUGGAAAUUUUGAAUUAUUACGAAUGUUAUUGAAAUUGCUCGAACAAAGUAAAGAGCCACUGGUAUUAUGCGUUGCUGCACAUGAUAUUGGAGAAUAUGUACGACAUCAUCCACUUGGCAAAAAAACCAUUGAUAAAUUAGAUGGAAAAGUGAUUAUUAUGAGACUUUUAGAACAUCCCGAUUCUAAUGUACGAUAUCAAGGUUUACUUUGUGUUCAAAAAUUAAUGGUUCAUAACUGGGAUUACUUGGGUAAACAAGUGGACUCGAAUUCAAAACCGGGUACUGCAAGCGGACCCCAUCGUACUAUUGAAUCAAAAGCUUAA